GUGACCGCUGUGCUUUGGCUUGUAUCGAUGGCCUCGAUCGAUCUUGUUGUCGAAAACUUUCGCGAUGAAACAACGCGAAUCAUUUGCAAGCUGAUCGCCAAUUGAUCACCGCGGGACGCCGCUCAAGCCGCCCGUUGCUGUUUUCGAAAGGGAAGAGGAUGGCGAAGAGGGCUGGGCAUGAACCAGAGAUGGCCCGGGAGGACAGAGUGCGCAGUGUCGGCACUGAAGUUUUGUGGACAACGACGGGGUGCCACAGGCGAGGAUCAGACCGAGAAGGCACAGGAGGGGAGCGACGAGGUGAGGGGUUUGUCGGAGAGCCAUCGGCGUUCCGCCAUCGUUAUCCAACGUGCCUGGAGGAGAUACAUCGACCUGCAGGUGUUCCGCUACUACCGCGAGCUACUCAGCUUCAGGGCGAGUGGGGAGCCGCGCCACAUGCUUCGAUGCGUCAACCCCAAGGAGGCGGAGUUACUCGAUGGAGCUGCGGGAGCACAUGUGAGGUUCCGCCUUGGAGGGGAGCGCUUCCCGCCAAACAUCUACUACAAGAUCUUCACGCACCGCCCCGUGCAAGACCUGUGCGCAAACAGCCCCAAGGUGUACGCGACCGCCGCAGUCAAAACACUGCCUGCCAGACCACCACCGCGCUACAGCAUCGCACGCCACGGAGCUCACGGGACUGGAGCGUGGGCAACACCCGGCACCGAGCGGUCUGUCCGGGAUCCAGAUCCGGGUCGCAGCGGGUGGUACAAGAGAGUGGAGAACAAUGGGUGGAGGCUGGUGUCAGAGAGGCUGGUGGGCCGCCCGUUGGCAGCGCAGCCCUGCGGGGAGGCUGGCGGCAAGAUGCCCCCCGCGGCUCCGUUCUCCCCGAGCCGGCGCCAACGCAGCCACGACUCGAGCUCGCGGCGCCGACGCAGGCAGAUCCAGUGGCUGCGCAAACUGUACGAGGGAGGGCAGCAUGCCCCUGGGAGCUGUGGAUCAGAAGGAACGGCGCCUGGACCACCUGUGGACUCGGAGCUCGAGGAUUUACUGACAUGGACCAAGGCGCUCGACUUUGAAGAGUACAUCAACGGCUGGAAAGAGCUUGGGACUACCAACACGUCAGACAGGCUUUAUGGUUUCCAGUGCGUGGGCUGGGACGACCCCAAAGAUGUCGCAAAUGUGUUCCAAAACUGAGCUGGUUCUGAGUCCAAUCUCUAAUCAAUAUCAAGAUCACACUCACGGUCUUCAAGAUCCGACACAUUGACUUGGUCCCUGCCUACCUCUUCCUUCUCGUACUGAACUCCCCUUUCAUCUCACUCUACUCUCAUUCACACACUCACCUACCUCUCCCCUUUUAUCUCACUCUACUCUCCUUCACACACUCACCGACCUCUCCCCUUUCAUCUCACUCUACUCCCUUCACACACUCACCUCUCCACUUUCAUCUCACUCUACUCCCUUCACACACUCACCUACCUCUCCACUUUCAUCUCACUCUACUCCCUUCACACACUCACCUAUCUCUCCCCUUUCAUCUCACUCUACUCUCCUUCACACACAUACCUUUCCCCUUUCAUCUCACUCUACUUCCCUCCACGCACGCUCCGAUCUCGCCCCUCUCAACUCACUCUAUAUCCCCUCUGCACACUCAGCGAUCGAGCUUCCUGUCCAAGAAUCCCCAGGCAGCUUUCCUGGGACCCGUUUCGAAUCCAGGUUUCAUUUGCUCAUGAUUUCAACUACGUCGUCAUGUGUAGUAAAGUUGACGGUAUCAGCCCAGUCACCAAUGAAUGCACACAGAAAACCAACUCAUCCAUGUUAAGCUUGGUUGAAUAACUUAGUGUGGCCUAUACCAACAUUCACUCUUUUCUAGGCCGUAUAAAUAACGUGGCGCUAAUUAUAGAUAAGCAAUGAAAUUGACUCUUAGAAGUAUAUUCUUGGUUCUUUCGGUAGGAAAAACCGCCACUUUUUUCAAAUUUUCUUGCUGUGAAUUUCACACCUGAUGACGAUUGCUUGUAUUGCAGUCGAAACGUCGUGAGAAUUUUUAUUGUUUUAUAUUUUUAUUAUUUUAUUUCCCUUCUACGUGACUUUACCGAAAAAACCAAGAAUAUGAAUCCCUGCAGUCACGAAAGCUUUAAAUCAAAAUCUUAGAAGUAUGUAUGUCACUUCAUAGUCUAGGGCAGUGACGGGCAACCCAGACGUGUCGGUGGGCCGCGUGAGCGGGCCUGCUUCACCUCUGUGGGCGGCAAGCAUGAUAACAGCGCUUGUGCACCAAUCGUGACCCCACGCUUGACCCUAGAGACAUACCGAGACCACCACGAGGAGGGGCUCCACGGCACGCAUAGGGCCCAUGCGCCACAGGUGGCGCACCACUGCUCUAGGGCCUUUCUCUGACACACUGCUGCUGCCCGCGAGAGUUAUGAAUCUAAAUGUCGUAGGUCUCAUGACGUGACCCUAACAGAAUAAUUGGAAUGUAGAUGGGAGGUAAACGAAAUUAAACAAAUUCAUCUCCAAUUGCCAGUCAAUACAACUGCCCUUUGUCUCUUCCCCAAGGAUAACAUAUACACAGUAUGAGGCUAAUGUUAAAGACAGUUCCACAUAACAUUAGCCGUGUGCAGUGUAUAUUUUAUCUGUUCUAAGGCAGCGUUAAUAAUAACAAAGAAGUCGAUCGUCGUUGCUUAAGGGGGAAUGCAAAUGUGACCGUUCCGUUCAAACGGCGGCAGGGAGUGUAGACACGACUAUGCAUGCAAAUGUAAAUACGAUGGUGAAUUACGUUAUUGAAGGCAACUUGUGUACAGAAUUACAUUUCAAAGCGAGCGUUCAUAUUUGCUUGUUCAAAUGUAAAUUUCAUCAAAUUUAUCUUACGAAGUUGCAAUGUAUUUUAUUCGUGCGCAGUGUUGCUGUCAUUUUCUUUGAGCCUGUUUAGUGCAACGGUGUAUUUAAUAUAAUCCUGAAUAGCAGUGGGAAACAAUUUGAAUGAAGGAUUUGUUUUUGUAUGACCAUCUUUAGUUUAGUACAGGUUUCCCUCGCUUUGUGCGGGUAGUGUGUUCCAUAACAAGGGCGCCCAAAAGCGAAAUGGCAAAGCAUGGACUCACAGUGCACAAUGUUGUCUCACGUCCGACCGCAGAGGAGCGAAUUCAAUCCGCAUAUCGCGAAUUUUGGUUAGAAUAGGUUAACCGUAUAUACGCGAAAUCGGACAAACUGAACCCGCAUAAAGCGAGGGAGACAUCCACACUGUUGGCGUUCCAUAAUUAGGUUGUGAGCAUCUUCAGUAGUGUGGUGAAAUCGUGAAAGAUACAGCCGGGACGACACGCAGCCCAACCCCGAAAACCGCAAUUGGAUUACAAGCCCCUGCAAAAGCUUAGCAUUGAAUCCACUGCAUAUUAUUAAGCUGUUAUUCUUUCAGAUCAAUGUGUACUCGUGGCCCAAGUGUGCAGUCAGGGGACACACAUGCACAUGCUGGCAUCAUCAAGUGAACACUGGACGUGGCUGUGUUUUGAAAUCACCACUCGGCCGGAAUGCGGACGAUCCCGUCAGAUCUCAAAGACAGCUAACAGAGCCUGGAUUAUAGUACUUGUACGGUAGUUGGAUGGGCUAACUACCAUGCGUAAUAGGUGUUAAGAUGCUACAGGGGGUGUCAGCGCCCGCCCCCCUCCAUUUUCUAGACCGCGAACAUCAUUGCAUUGAUAUUUACUGGAGAAAAUGCAUUGAAUGUAUUAUUAUUAUAAACGUGGGCCCCUAUUUAUUUAGAACUACCCCAUGCUGUGGGGAUACGUGGUUGGCAGUAGAGGAUAACCUCGCUAAAUCAAUUGCACUAAGGCUUAAUACCCAGGUCAAUUCUCCAACCCGCACUGACCAGCGCGAAGUAUGAUCAAAUAACCCAGCAAUACGGCCCUCAUCCAGCAGUGGAUUGAAGAUGAGAGGGCUGCACAUCUUAAUGUAUCAAUAAUUUGCAAAU